AUGGAAAAAGAUAAGAAAAAGCAAGAAAGAAAGGUAUCACAUCAGGAUGAAGUUGAAAAGCAGAAGGAAUUAGAAGAAGAAUGGAAGGAGUAUCAGAUAUGGAAGCAAGCCAAACUUUAUGAUGAGGCUAGAAAUAAAUAUUUAGAAAAGAGGGAGAACUUGGAGAAGGGGCCGCCGAAGUGCUAUAAGAGUCCGAAUUCUCGCAAGUAUUCGAGGGAUGAAGAAAGUCAGAGUGAAUCAGAUAAUCGAGGGCCGCCGAAGAGCUAUAAGAGCCUAAAAUCGUCCAGGGAACGUAGCAAAGACAGGAAGAACAAAUCCAAGAGCGACAGAUGGCCGCCGGAGAGCUUUAAGAGCCGGAAGUCCCAUGGAGAUGUCAGAGAUGAGAAAGAAUACGUGAGGAGAAGCGGUAAACGGCCGCCGGAGAGCGAUAAGAGCCGAUCAUCGCGAAGAA